CUCCUGGAUUCUUAAGGGUAAUUAUGAAAGUAUAAUCCCAAAGCACUUCGGCUUGUGCUGUCUAUAUAUAUAUAGCCUGUCAUGUAUUGAACCCACUAAACCCUAACAAAGAAAUCUAUAUUCAAUCUUUAUUCGCAAAAAGUAAUGGCCAAGUUUUUCCUCAACAGCCUUUUGCUUCUAAGGAGAGCAUCAACAAUUGCAGCAGAGAGUACUAAAACGCAGACAGUGACGUCGUCCGUAAAUAAAAAAGUGGCUGAUUCUGUAAGAAAAGAAGUAUUCUGGAUGAGAGAUCCGAAGACUGGAAACUGGAUUCCAGAGACUCACUUUGAGCAGAUUGAUGUUGCAGAGCUCAGAGAGAAACUUCUUUCCAAGAAGACGAAAUUAUGAAGAUUUUCAAUCGGGCUUCCAUUCUGAAGUUCUGGUGAAACCGGGCAGGAAUUUCUGCAAGACCAAUGUUCGUGAACGAAUAUCUUUUUCUUUUUGGCCUAUUUUCAGGUUUUACUAUGGUUGUAAAUUGGAAUCCUACUCACAAUAGAAUACUUUUGUGCCAUUGACUGACUU